AUGACUAGAUGGAAUAAUAAGACUUAUGCAUUCCAAGGAAUUCCUUACGCCGCUCCGCCAGUGGAAGAACUUAGAUUCAAGCCACCAGAACCAUCAUCCGCUUGGAAUGGAAUACGAUCAGCUGAGAAUUUCUCGCGGAUAUGCACACAAACAGAUUUAUUCUACAACACGCGAAAAAUUGAUGGCGGCGAAGAUUGUCUUUACUUAAAUGUUUACACACCGAAUAUUACAAAAGAACCUUACCCUCAAUAUCCAGUUAUGGUUUGGAUUCACGGUGGUGGAUGGCUUAAUGGUGAAAGUAAUUACACUAAACCUGGCUAUCUGCUGGACCACAAUGUUGUUUUCGUCACUGUGAAUUAUCGAGUUGGACCGUUGGGUUUUUUGAGCACGGAGGACUUGGAAUGUCCAGGAAAUCUAGGACUGAAGGAUCAACAGCAAGCUUUGCGAUGGGUGCAGGAAAACAUUGUUUAUUUUAAUGGUAAUCCGAAGAUUGUAACUAUUGUCGGUCAAAGUGCAGGCAGUGCUAGUGUUCACUAUCAUAUGGUCAGUCCUCUUUCAAAAGGCCUUUUUCAUCGCGCCAUUACGCAAAGCGGCACCUUUUAUAACCCAUGGGCUUUAAUGCCACUGGGAUCUGCUAGAACAAAUGCCCAAAUAUUAGGUAGUUAUUUAAACUGUACAACCGAGAACUCCACGGAACUUAUUGCAUGUUUGCGAACAAAGAGCGCAAUGGAGAUUACUCUUACCUAUCAUAAGUUUCGGAUUCUCGAUAUCUGCCCGCCCCUGGUACCUUUCAGACCGGUAAUCGAACCUGAACACUUUGGUGCUUUCUUGACUGAAGAUCCUAUAAUUUCCGUGCAAAAAGGUCACGUUGCCGAUGUACCUUGGAUAACGGGAAUCGAUUCGGAGGAAGGAUCCUUGUUAGCACCACUUAUUUACUAUCGGAGAUACACAAAAAUAAUUAAUGAUAAAUUCAUGAACCUUGCACCUAUAACCUUAUUAUAUUGGGAAAGGUAUCAGUUUCCGAACCAAACAUUUGUUGAUGAGAUAACCAAGGAUAUUCGUAAACAAUACUUCAAUGAAAGUACCAUUGACGAAUCUGACGAAGCCAGAUUCAAUGUGAUCAACAUGUACAGUGAUGCAUGGUUUAAUCAUGGCACGUAUAGGGCUGUGCGAGACUUUGUGGCUAAUAAAACUUCUCCAGUCUAUUUUUAUUAUUUCGCAUACAAAGGAAACUCUUUAGAAUUUGAUGAUUUCACCAAUGAUUAUGGAGUAACGCAUGGGGCUGAAAUGGAGUAUUUGUUUCCGCUUGAAGAGUGGAAUGGCGAGAAUAAAUCCGAAGAUGAUAGCGAUAUGAUUGAUCUCAUGACCACACUUUGGUAUAAUUUUGCAUUAUCUGGAAAUCCAACUCCGAAUAAUACGCAAUUGCAGUGGAAUUCAACAACAACAAAUUCAUUGGAAGAUAUACUUGUUAUAGACGGAAAGAAUACUUCCAUGAAAAGUGGACUUCUAACGAAAAGAAUGUCAUUUUGGGACUGUCUAGAAAAUCGAAUGGAGUCUGCUAGUAACGAAACCCACUUUUGUCACAACUAAAACAAGACAGUAUUGUUUUACCUUUCAAAAAUAUUGUCAUAUAUAAACGUUACAAAAAACCGUGUAUAUAUUA